UCCGCCCCGCCCCGCCCCCCGGACCCACAUGGGGAUGACGCCACAGCCUCAAGAUUCACUGCCACCCGGGGGGCUACCUCAGUUGGGUAUUGGACGCGGACCGGAGUGCAUCCUGAAGAAUCGUCGAAUCUCACCGCCUCGAUCCACGUCGUUAGGAUGAAGGGACUCGUCUUGGCCACGGUUCUGGCCGUGCUGGCGACAGGCGCGAUGGGCGGCGCGGUGCGGGGCGGCUCCAGCCCACGACAGGCCCGGUGGUUCCUGAGCCGCGCAGACGUCACCGAGGUCGUGGAGGAGGAGAAGGUGGUAACCCAGGUGACUCCCUGGUCGUGCGUCGUGGUCGCGCCCUCGCUCCCACCCUGCAGGCACGUGCGACAGCUCAACAUCGCAGCCACGCCCCCUACCCCCAUUGCCGCGACGGCGGCUCCGAUGGUCCCUCGCUUCUAUGGCGACCACAACCUGGUGCACGAGGGCAGGCGGCGGUACUACCUCGAGCAGGGAGUGGGCAUGCCCAUGGCGCCCAUGGGCUCGCUCGAUCCGUUCUACAACGACAUGGUGCCCGUGCCCGCCGCGCCCGCCGGCGGCUGGGUGCCCCUCAUGGCCCGCGAGGCCACCGAGCCGCUGCCCGCUGCCCCCGCUCCCGUGACCGCCGCCCCCACCGCAGCCCCAGAGACGGCCGCCCCGCCGGCGGAGAAGCCCAAGCGCGAGGAGGGCUGGGCCCAGUGGCUGGGCCUUCGCGCCUACACCGUCACCAGCACCCUCGUCAAGUACGCCACCACCAAGGUCGUGGAUCCAGACACCGUCGUCACCUUCUCCGUGCGGGGCUGCCAGCCGUCCAAGCUGCCGUUCGACCUGCCCCUGUGCGUCGCCCCGCCCCCAGCGCCAUCCAAGCUGGAGGAGGCCGCCCCCGCCGUCGAGGUCAGCCCCGCAGCCCCCUCUGCCCCCGCCGCCGCCCCCGCCCCCGUGGCCCAGGAGACGUCCCUGCCAGUCCCUGUCCCUGCCCCCACAGUUGCACCCGCCCCAGCGGACAAGGUUCUAGCGGAAACUCCUGCUGAUCCCGCCACCCCCGUCACCGUUGACAAACCGGCCGCGCCUGCAUCUGUGGCGCCUGCACCUGCAGCGGCAGCUCCCGCGGCCGCAGCUGAGGGUCCCUCGACGACUGCUGUUCCAACUGAGUCGGCUGCCAAACCUUGAAAUGUUUUUGGAUCAGCUUAUGUGUGAAAAAAAUGCGUCGUAAGUUGUAUUCAACCACGAUGAUUAUGGGCGACAUAAACGAUUUGCACGCCGUGUAAAUAUUUUCCACCAAAUUGAAGCGCUCCGAUGAGGCUUAAGUUAUUGUUACCUUAAAUGGUUUAAUUUCGUUUUCCAGAAAAUGUGAAUUAUAACAUUUUAUCUGUACAAAGUAAGCAUAUGACUUUCUGGUCUUCUUCGUUGGCGAGAGCAGACACCAAAUGUUUUAAUGAUAAUUUCCUCCUAGACUUUUUAUGUAUAGAAAAAUCUUUAAGAAUAGCCCUGAUUGAGAUUAAUUUAUGUGUAUAUGUGUACUGAUUCCUGUAAUUUAUUGCAAACAUUUUUUUCUCAAUAAAGAGAUUUUUUUUACUGUA